GGGUUGUUUGCAGUCGGUAAUGUUGUUUUUGGUAUUUAUAUACACUAUCGUAUUGUUGUUGUUGUUGGAGAUUGCUAACAUUUUAUUCGUAAUGUUUUGUUUAACCAUCAUCAUUCAACGUUUGAAUAAAAUCAAAAUAAACAAUUUAGUUGUUUCAUAAACUCGCCAUUGAGCAGGUCAGCUCGUUAUUGUUUAAUUUUUGUAAAAAAUAUAAAUUUCGUUUCUAAAUCUACGAAAAAAAUCAGCUGGAUCGCUAAAUUGGUCAUUGUUUUUAUUACUUUUUUUUACAAAACGUAUACAAAACACGGGAAAUAAAUAAAAAUUUGACUAAUUAAUUAAAAUUAAAAAUAGUGUAGAUUACAAAUUAAUGAAUAAUUUGUAAAUUAUAACAAAUAUUUAUACAGUUAUUAAAAGUGAUCUAAAAUGUUUAUAUUAAAUACAAAACAACAUUUAUUUCAAUUAACUUUCAUUUUUCUGCUGCUGGAAUUAAUAUUCAUCCAGGUCACCUUGGUCACCUCAGCCCCCUCACAAUCUUUGCAAAACAAUGGCAUCGAUGACAAUUGCGUGCAUACGCUUAAAUAUGAAAAACCAAGUUUCUUAAAACGUCACUUUGACAUGUCAUUCCUAAAGAAAUUCUUUAAACAUUGGAUUCCCUUCACAAGUGCUGAUCGUGUAAAGAUGCAAUUCUUUCUAUAUAAACGUGAUUUUCCCGAAUGUGGUCGUGAAAUACGUACCGAUGAUGAUGAUAGUAUAAUAUUGUCCGGUUUUAAUGCCGAUCAUCCCACUAGGUAAGUGUUUUGGCUAAUG